ACUGUAACACAAGUAACGACCAAUGUGGACUUGCCUUUCUACCCUUUCAAGCGAUCCCGCGAAAUUGUCUCUCCUUGUCUUUCCUCCGUCAUCGUCGCCAUGGCUGAUGAUGAGUCCGCAGAUGUGUCGUACCCCUCGAUAGAUCCCUCCACCUACGACCUCAUCGUCGUCGGAACCGGACUGCCGGAGUCCAUCAUCGCCUCUGCUGCCUCCGCCGCCGGUAAAUCCGUCCUCCACCUGGAUCCCAACUCUUUCUACGGCAGUCAUUUCUCCUCUCUCCCCCUCGACCUCUUCACCUCUCACCUCAACUCUCUAUCAUCGUCCUCAAUAGAAGAAGAUUCCACUGUCAACGAUGGUGGCGAUUACAUUAUCGUCAAUCUAAAACCCCGUCGUUUAUACUCCGACAUUGAGAUCUCCUCUCACGUAUCUCCAGAAUCUCUUGGACCAGCGCGAAAGUUCAAUUUGGAUCUCUCGGGACCUAGGGUUCUGUUCUGUGCCGAUUCGGCUGUUGAUUUGAUACUGAAAUCCGGGGCAGGCCAUUGCUUGGAGUUUAAGAGCAUUGAUACGACUUUCAUCUACGGACUUGACGGUGAUGGGAAAUUGUCAACUGUGCCGGAUUCUCGUGCGGCGAUUUUUAAAGACCGGAGUCUUGGAUUGACGGAGAAGAACCAGUUGAUGAGGUUUUUUAAGCUCGUCCAGGAACAUUUUCGACCGGUGUCUGCUGAUGGUGAUAGGAUAGAAGAGCGUGGGAGGAUUUCGGAGGAGGAUUUGGAGAGUCCCUUUGUUGCGUUCUUGAAGAAGCAGCGGUUGCCACCGAAGAUUAAAUCGAUUGUCCUUUAUGCAAUAGCCAUGGCAGAUUAUGAUCAAGAUGACCCUGAUGGCUCUAAGCAUCUUCUCAAGACAAAAGAUGUAGUACAGAGUUUAGCUCUCUACUCCUCAUCAGUUGGCAGGUUUCAAAAUGCAAUGGGGGCAAUGAUUUAUCCUAUUUAUGGCCAAGGGGAGCUGCCCCAAGCUUUUUGUCGUCGUGCUGCUGUUAAAGGUGCCCUCUAUGUCAUGCGCAUGCCAGUGACAUCUGUGCUUCUUGACAAGGAAAAUAGGCAUUAUAAAGGUGUUCGAUUGGCAUCUGGCCAGGACUUAUUCAGUCAUGAACUGGUUAUGGAUCCAUCCUUUAUGAUCCAAUUACCGGCAUUGUUGCCCCCUUCCUCAAAUCUACAGCAUGAAUAUUCUUUAGUUUCUUGUCUGGAAGGCAUUGAAGGAAAAGUGGCCAGGGGAGUAUGCAUUAUAAGGGGUUCCAUAAAGCCGGAUUUAUCAAAUUUGCUGGUGGUAUUUCCUCCUAGAUCUUUGUGCCCUGAGCAAGUGACAUCGGUUCGAGCCCUCCAGUUAGGUAGCAACAUGGCUGUUUGUCCCUCAGGCUUGUCUGUUUUGUAUCUUUCGGCUCUUUGUGAUGAUGCUUCUCAAGGAAAGGGGCUGUUAGGAGCAGCCAUGACUGCUCUUUUUCCACUUCCCAUUUCCAAGAACUCUGAAGGUGGUGCCUCUGAGGAAACUGAGGAUACAGAAGGAGAAACCAGGCCCACUUUGAUGUGGAAUGCAAUUUAUAUUCAGGAAUUGGCAACGGGUUCAUCGGAGGCAAUCAACUUGUGCCCUAUGCCAGAUGGAAAACUGGAUUAUAGUAACCUCCUAGAAUCAACAAUGAAGCUUUUUGAGAAGAUUUAUCCCCAGCAAGAAUUAUUCCCACAUGCAGUGACUGAGGAUACCGAGGAUCAUGGUGACUUGCCUGAUGACAUGUCGGAAUGAGGUGGUAUACGUAAACAUAAGAAAAUUUGAAAGUCAUCAAGGAUAUUCUGAUUUUUUUCAAAAUUGAUUAUGGAGCUCCUUGUUUAAGCUACGCUCAACAAGUAAUGUAAUCGAAGGUCUUCAAUGAAGCUUGUGGAGCCAACUGUGUACAAAUUCAACUAUUACAGAGAAAAUUUGAUGUCUUCAGGGAUGGAGAGUUUUCACUGAAAAUUUGGAUAGCCUGAGCCCUGUGGAUUGGAGAAGCAAGUCCCACUAGUUUGAGAUAGAAGAUAGAAUAUCUUCAUGUGUAUGUAGGAGAUUACUGUGACCAAAGAAUCUGCAUGAGAAAGUGCCUGAAUCUUUUUUGGUUGCCAGUCCAGUUGGUUUAAAUUCAAUUACUUGUCUCUGUAAAUGGGCCUGGACACGUUUUUUAUUUUAUUUUAAAAAAUCUCUUGUUUGCCA